AUGGAGACGGCAGCAGGUGUGUCUGACCGGUGUCGGUGUCGGCGCGGUGUUGCAGGAGGCACGGUGGAGGUGCGGGCGUUCGACUCGCACCUGCGCGGUCCCAGCUUCCUGCUGGAGCCGCCGGCGCGGCUGGAGUUCUCCAACUCGUCGGGCGGCUGGCUGGACUGCUCGGCGAGCGGCAGCCCGCCGCCCACGGUGGACUGGCUGGCUGUGGACGGCGCGCCCGCUGCCGACGUGCCCGGCGUGCGGCGCGUGCUGCGCAACGGCACGCUCGUGCUCAUGCCCUUCCCGCCCGCCGCCUACCGCCAGGACAUUCACUCCACCGUCUACCGCUGCGUCGCCUCCAACAGCGUCGGCAGGCUCAUCAGCAGGGACGUCCAGGUCCGCGCGGUGGUGGCGCAGGCGUACAAGGUGGAGGUGGAGGUGCUGGGGGCGCCCAGAGGCUGCACGGCCGUGCUGCGCUGCGUGGUGCCGUCCUUCGUCAGGGAGCUGGUGCGCGUCGUCUCCUGGGUGCAGGAGCCCGGCUUCUACGUCUACCCCUCGCUGCAAGGAGACGGCAAGUUCCACCUGCUGCCGUCCGGGGAGCUGCUGGUGCACAACGUGGAGUUCAGCGACCAGUUCCCGCCAUACCGCUGCCGCACCAUGCACCGCCUCACCAGGCAGGUCGUCGUCAGCAGCCCAGCCAACGUCCGCAUCACAGGUAGCGCCUGCGCGCCACUGUCUAUGCUACCCGCCAAAUUCUACUGUCUAGUUGGCUGCCUGCGAGCCAGGCAGAUGCACAUCGCGUGCAGGCUUUUGGUGCGCUUAAGCAAUGAACAUCGAAAGUUUUUAUUUUAG